AUGCAUGCAUCCAAUUUGAAAAUUAGUGGUAUUAAUUAUCUUAAUGGUUUACAACUAGAUGAUCUUUAUCAAUUACAAAAUGAAUUAGAUAUGUUAUGGAAACAAGGACAAUCGACAGUAUCGAAUAAUUUAUAUGAUAAAAUAACAGAUAGUAUUAAUUAUGAUUUAAUACAAUUAAAAACUGAUCCAUAUAAAUUUGCUGUAAGAAAAAGUGAUAUUGAAUUAAAAAAAUUAGUUGAUUUUUUUACUCAAGCACAUAGUCAAGGCAGAAAUCUUAUUGAAAAUUCUGUAUGGGAUAUUUUAAAUCAAGAAUUAUCUAUGCGAGGUAAAAUUAAUGUGAAUUUAGUUGUAUCAUAUCCAUCGAAUUGGAUAGGAAUAUCGUUGAAUGAAUUACCAAUUCAAUUUAUUUCAUUAUCUCGAUUAUCACAAGAAUUUCAAGAUAUAUUGAAAUUUUUUUCUCAAUCUUUAGGUAAAUCAUCAAUUGUUAUACAUUCGAUAAUUCGUAUUCAAAAUCUUCGACUUUGGUCGAUUUUUGAAGAAUUAAAAAAACAAUUACCAAAUAAUAUUCAACGUCUUAUUCAUGGUACAGCUUCACCCAUAACACAAAAAUUAAUUAUGUAUCAUGGUUUUUAUCAUAGUUUUUGUCCUGGUGGUCUUAUUGGUGAUGGAGUUUAUUUUGCAGUUAAUGCAUCUUAUUCAGAUAAUCAUCCGUAUGUAUUAAAAAAAACUAAUCAUCGAAGAGAAUUAUUUAUUUGUCAAGUUUUACUUGGAAAUUCAAGUCAAGGUCAUACUGGAUUAAAAUCACCAGCAUCAGGAUGUCAUUCUGUAUUUAAUCAUAAUAACGCGCAAAAUAAUAUGUUUUGUAUUUUUAAUUCUUAUCAAGCAUAUCCCGAAUAUAUUGUUGAAUAUGAUUAUGAAUAA